UAUCAUUCCUCGUCCAAUAUAAAACAGAAAUCAGGAGAGCGGGAAAAUCAGCUUUCAAUUUCAAUACAUAAAGCGCUAACUUGUUAAUAAUGAUAGUGGCGACGCCAAUUUUGCGAAGGGAAGGAGCAGCCGAACAGCAGUGAAGCAACGUGCAGCAACGUGCUUGGCCCAUUUUAACUACAGAACUGCCGAAUUAUGAUCGUUCAUAUUGUGUAAUUUGUUAAUAGACCGUACUCCCCUAUUCCCAUUUUAUUGUUGCACGAAACGUAAUCUGUGUAUUGUAUUUUUUAUAAUCGAAGGAAUCUUUUAUAACGUUUUCACGGAGAAUAAAAAACAAAAUUAGUGAUAACUCCGACAUCGUCCCUUUUUACUGCCGACACAAAUCACCGGAGCCUCAUGUCUCUUUGCUGCUAUUGUUUUUAAUGUUUUAUACCGCGUAUGGAUUUAACCAUGGAUGUUCAAAAUGAGCUUGAUUUUCAAUUUCUGGAUCUACAUGAUUUAAAUGAUAAUGAUAAGAAUCAUUUAAUAGGAAUUUUGAAAUCUAAUGUUACUACCGAUGCCUUAAAAUUACCGUGGGAUACAAUUGAAACUAAUAAUGAUAUUGAUGUUGCUGUAGCAGAAAUUCCUCAACUACAAAACCAAUGGUAUCACAAUGCAAUGCCACCUCCAUCUUCGUACACACAGCAAAUAAUGUGCAGCGACUGGCAAGGACCACCUAUGUACCCUGUUCCAACAGAUGCCCAUAUACAACCAUUUAUGCCUGCAAUGACUUACACUCAUCCAGGGUACAAUCUUGGAGGUGAAAUUCAUGAUGUCAACUGUAAUAGAGAGAAUAACAGAAGGAAUAAUCGAGGACGAGGAAUAAGGAGAGACAACUUCAAUCGCGGAAUGAAUCCUGCAAAUGACAUACAACCAGGAUACAUAGGAGAACAAGGACAAUUUCAUCCACAGUUAUCUUUUGUUGUUAUGUAUCCAGAUCAGGCACAGCAACAGCAAUUCUCUGGCCAUGUUCACUACCCUCCAUUAGCGAUAUAUCAACCAAAUCUUCAUACGCAUACGAAUGCGCAUCCGCAUGCACAGCCUACAUACGGAUAUCCUCCAUACCAUCAUCCUUCUGGUAAUAUGAGGUGUGUUCGACAAACAGCACCGGUAAUUUCACAACCUAAUCAAGAGUGUACAAAAGUACAAACCGCAAAGUCACACGACAAACGCGUGCAAAAUGUCUAUACACCCGUCAAACAACCUUUUCACCAAAUAAAUGAAGAAGAUAACUCUUCGCAGACCAACAUAGUCACUACAGUAAUAACAGUAAAUAACAGUAAAGUAGAACAGUGUACCGAGAAUGCGGAUGAACACACUGCCAAUAGAAAGAAUACAAAUACUAAUGGAAAAGUACCUCCUGUAAAUGUGAAAAUAGAGCACAAUAUUGUGUCGACUGUAAAUGAGAAUUGUAACGGAGCCGAAAAAAAUGAUGUGCCAUGCGUAAAUAUUAACAGUAGUAUCGAAGUAAAACAAAACGGAGAAACCGAUAAAGAAUACAAAAAUGAAACAGUUUCCAGCAUUAAGACUACUGUUGUUAAAACGUUAUCGAAACCAGUUUCUAAAGGUGAGAAUGAAGCACAAAAGGAAGAUACUCCUACAAAGAGCGUACAGGAUGAAAUUAUUAUUAAAACGCCAAAUACUUCUUCCGUUACUACGAAUACUCCGAUACCCUCACCUGCUACAUCAUCUUUGAGUUCAUCUAGCAUAUCUUGGGCUAGUAUUUUGAAAAAAGGAAGUCCGGAAACGCAAUCGGCUCCACCGAAUUAUAAACCUAUGGCACGCAUUAAUCCUUUACCUGUUAGUCCAGUUAUAGAAAGUACUGUGGCUCCAAAAGCACAGUCACAGUUAGAAAAAGAUCAUCGUACCGACACGGUAGUUUUUACAAAUGAUAAUGUCUCAUCCAGCUCACAAAAUGUAAAUGAAAGUAAAAAUUUACAAACGGAAUCAUUACAAAAUCGUUAUAAUGAUCCUAUCGCCUUUCGAAUGGGUGAAUUUUUAUUAAACUACCAAAUGGAUAAACAAACUGUAAGUUUGUUACCGCGGGGAUUAACAAAUCGUAGCAAUUAUUGUUACAUUAAUAGUAUAUUACAAGCCUUACUUGCUUGUCCACCUUUUUAUAAUCUUCUGAUGGCUCUACCACAUUCUAAAAAUCCCAGUAAAAUGUCUUCCACUCCACUCAUCGAUAAUAUGAUUAAGUUUGUACACGAAUUCACACCGUUAUCAGAUGGUGCACGAUUGGCUAGAAAAGACAGAGCAAAUAAACGAGGAGAAGAUACUGUAGUAGAUAUACAAAGUGGAGUGGCCUUUGAACCUUCUUAUGUAUAUACAAUGUUGAAAAAUACGUCAGCUGCGGGUGUAUUUUCUGUGGAAGGACGUCAAGAAGAUGCAGAGGAAUUCCUUUCGUGCCUUCUGAACGGUAUCAACGACGAAAUGCUUGAACUUAUUAAAUUAGUAAAUAACGAUCAAAACGUAACGACUAAUGUUGAAACUAAUGUGAACUAUAACAACGGAGAAGAAGAAUGGAAGGUUAUGGGCCCAAAGAACAAAGGAUCGAUUACACGGUGUACCGAAUUCGGGAGGACUCCAUUGUCCGAUAUAUUCCGUGGACAACUGAGAUCUAGGGUAUCGCGAGCAGGAGAACAACCAACCGAUAACGUUCAACCUUUUUUCACUUUACAACUUGAUAUUGAAAAAGCAGAAUCUGUGAAGGGCGCGCUCGAGAUUCUUGUUGGAAAAGAUCAAUUAGAAGGAAUGACAUGUAGUAAAACAAAACAACAGAUCGAGGCUUGGAAGCAAGUUACUCUGGAGGAAUUACCUGUCAUUCUUAUAUUACACUUAAAGUGGUUUGAUUACAAACUUGAUGGUUGCUCAAAAAUCGUGAAAAGUGUGGAGUUUCCAGUCGACUUAAAAUUAGAUAGUAAAUUCCUGUCACCAAAUGCCGCAAAAAAAUUAAAUCCAAAACAAAAACACUACAAACUAUUUGCGGUCACUUAUCACGAUGGGAAAGAAGCAACGAAGGGUCAUUAUGUUACCGAUGCUUUUCACGUGGGAUACGGUGGCUGGGUCAGGUAUGAUGAUAGUUCAUUGAAAGGUGUUUCGGAAAGUAAUGUAUUAAAGCCAACUCCUCCCAGAGUUCCAUAUUUAUUAUACUAUAGAAGAUGCGACACUAUCGGAAAUAAUCAGUCAAAUAGUGGUAAAACACGUUAGGAAGGAGAGCACUAACACGUAGGUGAAACUAUAUUUUAAGUCUAUUGAGGCAGUUUAAAAGAAUGGCUUUUACAGUUUUGUGGUUCUUGUUGAUAUUUAUAUCUAAGUACAGAGAAUGUUUAUUACCCAAUAUCGUGAGAAAAUAGAAAGCUAUUUCCUUUUAGCAUACUGUACUUCCAUCGAAUAUUUGUACUAAGAUUGUUGUUACAAGUUCUAUGCAUAGUUUUCUUGGUACACGAAAUAAAAAGAUAGUUAAAGUUGAAGUUAAAUAAGAGUUUUGAUUUUGGCACUCAUAGUUCUAUUGAAGUUACAUAAUUAAACGCUUACACAUUACAUUUUAUGAAAAUAUUAAAAGUCGAGACUCUCUUGUACAUAUCUUUCUUAUCUGAUUGAGGAUAUACAAUGUGUGAGAGAAAACAUACAUGGUAACUUUGUAAAAAAGGAAACGAAAAUAGAGAAAAAAGUUUUUCUACUUUAACAACAAAAUUUCUAUGAAAUGCAAAUUUUAUAUAUUUGAAAAAGAACAUCUUAUGCCUUAAGUUAUUUUUGUAUAUAACCUUCCUGCACACUUAUAAAUACACAUUCCAACUUGCCAAUAAUUUCUUUGUUAUAUUAUGUGCUAACUUAAUGUCUUCUUUCUGAUUAUGGAAAAGGAAAUGCCAUCCAAUACUGUAUUUUAUUGUUUCUAGUAUUACUUUCUUGCUGGCAUCAUUUUCUGAAUUUAUACGUACAUAUAAGUGGAACGAAAGCUCGAAAAGGAGUCGAAAACAGUUUUCGAGGUUAAGAAAUAAUUGGUAAGAUGGAAUAGUAAAAUCGCUAGUGAGGGAAAUUGUAUAAACGACACAAAAUUUAUGUACAAAACUACGUCAUCUAUGUCAGAUUUGCAUCUUUAAGUACCAAAUUUUUGAUAAAAAAGAAAAAGAAAAACAAAAAAACAUUCAUAUAUUCUUCUUUUAUACAUAUGAAGGUAAUUUGCUAUUAUUUGUGAUAAAUUUAAUUAACAAAAUAAUUUAAUGAAUUGAAACACAUUAAGUAACAGGUACUUGAUUUUAUUGCUUUUUUGUUGUAAAACUGCCUAAAUUAUUUUAGGAUACUUAUUAACAAAAAGUGUGUUAAAAAUUACAAGAAUUAAUGUUUAUUGAAUUUAUUUUAUAUGAAUAAAAUGUUACUGUUUUGUUUUGCAUUGGGUUAAUGCAAGUAUAAUUUUGUAACUUUACUGUUUCUUGUCCUGCUUUUGGUCAUAAUUUCAUUUAAUUGCUUAUAAUUUAAAUAAUAUAAUAUUUAUAUGUAAGUAUAGUAAUUUAGUAAAGCAGCAAAGUUAUGUAGAAUCCCAUUGCAAAACAUCUUACAUACAUUAUUUACAUGUUAUUCAGCGGAUAAUGUAGAUAAGAAAUAUUCUAAGUAAAUUUUACAGUUGUAAUUUAUGCGAUAAAAUACAAAAUGAUAGUUUUCAUUUACUUCCUAUGGAAAUGUAAAUAUAUAUCUACAGUUUAUAGAAACUAAUAAAAGUAUGUACAUAUGUUAUGGAAAAUUUGAUUAUCAUUUAUCAUAAGUUAUUGUCAAAUAUUUAGACUGAACUUUUUACACUAUUAUUAUUAUUAUUAUCAUUAAUAUUAUAACUCCUUUUUACCAUAUUAUAAGAAUACUUAAUGUUUAUGCAAAUUUCCAAUUAAAUAAUAUAUUUUAAUAAAUAAAUCGUACAUAAACAAA